AUGCCCAACUCAAUCUCCGUGCCUUCAUAUCAUGGGAUAUUGAUUGACCAGUUUCUGACGGGAGAGAACGGUGAGAUGAACCUCAUCAACCUGGAAGCCCUGACGGGGGAAACCAUCCUGGAAAAGGAACGAAGGCUGUCCGAGAUGAUCCUCCAGCUCCAAAUGGUGCGGGACCAGCUCCUCUCCCAACAGGAACAACACAAGACCAAGGGUCUCAGUCCAUCGAUUCACGACUAA